GGGGCCGGAGGUUUCGAUUAGUUGUCCCUGCCGCUGGGGAAGGUAAAGCGUCGACGGCGGCUUCUGGAGCAGUGGGGUCCCCGGCUGGAGGUGGGGACUCAGCGGGGAACUCAUUUAAUGCUUCAUUAUUAGAACAAAUAUGUGAAAAUUCCUGUCAACUGUUGAGAAUUUUUUCCUUUGGAUAUUAUUUCCUCCACUUACUGCAUAAAUUUCUUAGAAAUUUUUUUUUUUGGUGCCAUGUUCUGUGGCUUACAUCAAAAGAGGAGUUUGUCUUCAUGAAGAUUCCUAACAUUGGUAAUGUGAUGAAUAAAUUUGAGAUCCUUGGGGUUGUAGGUGAAGGAGCCUAUGGAGUUGUACUUAAAUGCAGACACAAGGAAACACAUGAAAUUGUGGCAAUCAAGAAAUUCAAGGACAGUGAAGAAAAUGAAGAAGUCAAGGAAACGACUUUGCGAGAGCUUAAAAUGCUUCGGACUCUCAAACAGGAAAACAUUGUGGAGCUGAAGGAAGCUUUUCGUCGGAGGGGGAAAUUAUACCUGGUGUUUGAAUAUGUUGAAAAAAAUAUGCUUGAGUUGCUGGAAGAAAUGCCAAAUGGGGUUCCACCUGAAAAAGUAAAAAGCUAUAUCUAUCAACUAAUCAAAGCUAUUCACUGGUGCCAUAAGAACGAUAUUGUCCAUAGAGAUAUAAAGCCAGAAAAUCUCUUAAUCAGCCACAAUGAUGUUCUGAAACUAUGCGACUUUGGUUUUGCUCGGAAUCUAUCGGAGGGCAACAAUGCUAAUUACACAGAGUAUGUGGCCACCAGGUGGUAUCGAUCCCCAGAACUGUUACUUGGAGCUCCCUAUGGGAAGUCUGUAGACAUGUGGUCAGUGGGCUGUAUUCUUGGGGAACUUAGUGACGGACAGCCCUUAUUUCCUGGAGAAAGCGAAAUUGACCAACUUUUUACUAUUCAGAAGGUGCUAGGACCACUUCCAUCUGAGCAGAUGAAGCUCUUCUAUAGUAAUCCUCGCUUCCACGGGCUCCGGUUUCCGGCUGUGAACCACCCUCAAUCAUUGGAGAGAAGAUAUCUUGGAAUUUUAAAUAGUGUUUUACUUGACCUAAUGAAGAAUUUACUGAAGUUGGACCCAGCCGACAGAUACUUGACAGAACAGUGUUUGAAUCACCCUACAUUUCAAACCCAGAGACUUUUGGAUCGGUCCCCUUCAAGGUCAGCCAAAAGGAAACCUUAUCAUGUGGAAAGUAGCACGUUGUCUAAUAGAAACCAAGCCAGCAAAGGUGCUGCUUUACAGUCUCACCAUAGAUCCAACAGCAAGGACAUUCAGAACUUAAGUGUGGGUCUACCCCGGGCUGACGAAGGCCUUCCUGCCAAUGAAAGCUUCCUGAAUGGAAACCUUGCUGGAGCUACUCUUAGUCCAAUGCACACCAAAACCUACCAAGCAAGCACCCAGCCUGGGUCUGCCAGCAAAGAUCUCACCAACAACAACAUACCACAUCUUCUCAGUCCAAAAGAAGCCAAGUCCAAAACAGAGUUUGACUUUAAUAUUGAUCCGAAGCCUUCAGAAGGCCCAGGCACAAAGUACCUCAAGUCCAGCAGCAGAUCUCAACAGAACCGACACUCAUUCAUGGAAAGCUCUCAGAGCAAAGCUGGGACACUGCAGCCUAGUGAAAAGCAGAGUCGGCACAGCUACAUUGACACCAUUCCCCAGUCCUCCAGGAGUCCCUCCUACAGGACCAAGGCCAAAAGCCAUGGGGCAUUGAGUGACUCCAAAUCUGUGAGCAACCUUUCCGAAACCAGGGCUCAAAUCACAGAUACCAAUACCAGUAGGUACUUCCCAUCCAGCUGCUUGGACUUGAACUCUCCCACCAGCCCAACUCCCACCAGGCACAGUGACACGAGAACUUUACUCAGCCCUUCAGGGAGAAAUAAUCGAAAUGAGGGCACUCUGGACUCACGCAGAACCACAACUAGGCAUUCCAAAACAAUGGAGGAGUUGAAGCUGCCCGAACACAUGGACAGCAGCCAUUCCCAUUCGCUGUCUGCACCUCAUGAGUCCUUCUCUUAUGGGCUAGGCUAUACCAGCCCCUUCUCUUCUCAACAGCGUCCUCAUAGGCAUUCCAUGUAUGUGACCCGGGACAAAGUGAGAGCCAAAGGCUUGGACGGAAGCUUGAGCAUAGGGCAAGGGAUGGCGGCCAGAGCCAACAGCCUACAACUCUUAUCACCUCAGCCUGGAGAACAGCUCCCUCCAGAGAUGACUGUGGCGAGACCUUCUGUCAAAGAGUCCUCCAGAGAAGGCACCUCUUCAUUCCACACUCGUCAAAAGUCUGAGGGUGGAGCGUAUCAUGACCCACAUUCUGACGAUGGCACAGCCCCCAAAGAAAACAGACAUCUGUACAAUGAUCCUGUCCCCAGAAGAGUUGGCAGCUUUUAUAGAGUGCCUUCUCCACGACCAGACAAUUCUUUCCAUGAAAAUAACGUGUCAACCAGAGUUUCUUCCCUACCAUCUGAAAGCAGUUCUGGAACCAAUCACUCAAAAAGACAACCAGCAUUUGAUCCAUGGAAAAGUCCCGAAAAUAUUAGUCAUUCUGAUCAACUCAAGGAAAAGGAGAAGCAAGGCUUUUUCAGGUCAAUGAAAAAGAAAAAGAAGAAAUCUCAAACAGUGCCCAAUUCUGAUGGCCCCGACCUUCUGACAUUACAGAAAGCCAUUCACUCUGCUAGCACUUCAAGCAGCAGACCAAAGGAGUGGCGUCCUGAGAAGUUCUCAGAUCUACAGAUCCAAAGCCAGCCGUUAAAAUCACUGCGCAAGCUGUUACAUCUCUCUUCGGCCUCAAAUCAUCCGGCUUCCUCAGAUCCCCGCUUCCAGCCCUUAGCAGCUCAACAAACCAAAAAUUCCUUCUCAGAAAUUCGGAUUCACCCCCUGAGCCAGGCCUCUGGUGGGAGCACCAACAUCCGGCAGGAGCCCACACCAAAGGGCAGGCCAGCCCUCCAGCUGCCAGGUCAGAUGGAUCCUGGUUGGCACGUGUCCUCUGUGACCAGGAGUGCCACAGAGGGGCCUUCCUAUUCUGAACAGCUGGGUGCCAAGAGUGGGCCAAACGGGCACCCAUAUAACAGAACAAAUCGCUCACGAAUGCCAAAUCUGAACGAUUUAAAAGAGACGGCCUUGUAA